UUGCCGUUGCCAGAGUACUGACCAUUGAGUACAAUAGUUCUUCCUGUUCUCGCGCUUCCAUUGACGCCAUCUUGUUUUAUUUCUAAUGAAUGGCGUUAUUCUUAGUGUUGAAUUAAGUGCAAAUAGUGAUGAGUUAUUGAUCAUUUCGGUCUAGUAAUAGUUGCAAAUAAGUAAUCCUUGUUGUAAAUAUCCGAAAAACUUAAUUGAAAAUGGGGAGAGGAAGAGAUCGUAGUCGUGAUAGGCGUCGCAGUCGUAGUAGGAGCAGGAGUAGGAGUCGCAGUCGCAGCCCUCGAUAUGGUCUUGGAUCUGGAGGAGGUGGUGGCGGCGGAGGCGGUUAUGGUGGCGGUGGCCGGCGAAGUAAUCCCGGGGCCAGCUUGCGUAAACCCAAGUGGGACCUGAGUAGACUGAAACCGUUCAAGAAAGACUUUUAUGUACCUCAUCCAGAUGUGGAGAAUAGAUCUGAAUCUGAAGUAGAGGCUUGGAGGAGCGACAAUGAAAUUACACUGAAAGGGCGAAACAUACCCAAGCCAACUAUGACUUUUGACGAAGCAGGUUUUCCUGAUUAUGUUAUGGAUGAGAUUGAUAAAAUGGGUUUUUCCAAACCAACACCCAUACAAGCUCAAGGUUGGCCUAUUGCAUUGAGUGGGCAUGAUAUGGUGGGGAUUGCAUCCACAGGCUCAGGAAAAACCUUGUCUUAUAUUUUGCCUGCAAUUGUACACAUUAACAAUCAGCCAAAGUCUAGCAGAGGUGAUGGCCCUAUUGCUCUAGUAUUGGCACCUACUAGAGAAUUAGCACAACAAAUCCAAGAAGUCUGUGAUAAGUUUGCAAACACAUCUAAAAUACACAAUACGUGUUUGUUUGGUGGGGCGCCCAAAGGCCCUCAAGCUAGAGACUUGGAUGCUGGGGUUGAAAUUGUUAUUGCAACACCAGGUCGCCUUUUAGAUUUUCUGGAAAGUGGAAGAACAAACUUAAAAAGAACCACAUAUUUAGUAUUAGAUGAAGCUGACAGGAUGUUGGAUAUGGGUUUCGAACCUCAAAUCAGAAAGAUUAUUGAACAAAUUCGUCCCGAUCGUCAAACACUUAUGUGGUCUGCAACAUGGCCGAGGGAAGUUCAAAGCUUAGCAGCAGAAUUCUUAAAGGAUUACCUACAAAUCAAUGUUGGCUCGUUACAACUGGCUGCCAACCACAAUAUCUUGCAAAUAAUUGAUGUCUGCAUGGAGUAUGAAAAAGAAACUAAACUGAGCACACUUCUUAAAGAAAUCAUGGCUGAGAAGGAAAAUAAAACAAUCAUUUUUAUUGAAACUAAACGUAGAGUUGAUGAUAUAACAAGAAAAAUGAAAAGAGAUGGAUGGCCUGCUGUAUGUAUUCAUGGAGAUAAGUCACAAAAUGAACGUGACUGGGUCUUGCAAGAUUUUCGAAGUGGAAAAGCUCCUAUUCUUGUUGCUACGGAUGUUGCUGCCAGAGGUUUAGAUGUGGAUGAUGUCAAAUUCGUAAUUAAUUUCGACUACCCAAGCAAUUCAGAAGAUUACGUCCAUAGAAUUGGAAGAACUGGACGAACGAAUAAAACUGGGACAGCAUAUACGUUUUUUACACCGUCAAAUGCAGCAAAGGCGGCAGAUCUUGUUGCCGUGUUGAAAGAAGCUAAACAAGUUGUCAAUCCAAAAUUACAAGAGUUAUCUGAACGAGGUGGAGGUGGCGGAAGACCAGGGCACCGAGGCCGCGGUGGAAGAUAUCGUCGUGGACGGCGUUCUCGCUCCAGGUCGCGGUCUCGCCGCCGCCGCUCCCGCACACGCUCGCGUUCGCGUGAUCGUCGCCGCAGGCGCCACAGCUCGUCUAGAUCUUCGCGAAGCCGGUCGUCGAGGUCGUCAAGAAGCCACUCGCGCUCCCGUUCCCGUUCUCGCAGCCGAUCUCGCUCAGGCAAGUGCAGCCCCCUGAAGACUACUACGGAUUCGGGCCAACAACAGGCGCCCCAAGCUCUUCUUCCCACGCCAAAACCCCUUUUGCCAACUCCCAUUGGUCCCCAGCUUCCUGCCAACGCCGCUAAAGGUCCUGCCACACCCCCUACUGAAAAUAAUAUGAAUAUGACGCAAACUGAUAGAAAUGUCAUGCUCAAUAAUCCUCCAAAUGGUAAUGCAAAUUACCUACAUCCACCUAAUCAAAUACCGCCUUUGAUGGCUCUAAAUCCUCAAAUGACUAUGUGUGGUCCUCCCCCAAUGAACGGACCAGGUUUUCCCAUGCCGCCUUUUUUUCCUACCGAUCAGUACGGUCUUAUGAUGCCAAAUUUCCCCACGGCGAUGUUACCACCAGGAAACUGGGCAGCGCCGCCCCCUCCCCCGCCUCCUCCUCCGCCAUCCGAGUCCUCUGCUAAUGGGAGUCUCGAGCAAAGGGGCCCUGGACAAAGUGGCCACGAGUCAGAUUCCAGAAAACGCGGGGCUCGCUCAGGCGGGCUCGGUGGCUCGAGCUAUACGCCUGCUGCGGGCGGGCUCGGCUCCGGCAGCGGCGGGCUAGGGGCAGGCGGCGGGCUCGGCUCCGCUUCCGCUGGGCUCAGCAACAGCUCUGCUCAUGCCGCCGGCGGCGGGCUCGGGUCCGGCGGCGGGCUUGGCUCGUCCGGCGGACUCGGUUCUUCAGGAGGUCUCGGCUCGGAUGGUCCUUCUGGAUCGCGGUCACGAGGCCGUGACAGGCGGCGCCGCGGCAGAGGACGCGAUCACGACGACUUUGACUCGGAAAAUCCGGGCUCAGGAGGUCUCGGCUCGGCAGGACUCGGUGCCCCCGACGGGGGCGGCCUGGGCCAGCAGCCCGGCUCCGGCUACAACUCUGGCGGUCUCGGCGUACCUCACGGGAGCCUGUUGCCGCGCAUGCUCCCUCCACAGAAUGGUGUCGAUGGCGUUGGACCUCAGGGUGCUAAUUUCACUGCGUUUGGGUCCUACGGAUCUAAAAAUAUUAAACAGAAUAGCAUUAUUCAAGGAAAUGAAAGUAGUGAGAGUUACAAUGAUGGCAGUAGUCGAAUGGAGUUUUAUGGUCCACAAAAUAUGGGUCCCGGCCGACCUUACGGUCUGGGUAUGGACCAGCCAGGUUUCAACGGUGCGCAGGCAAAUGGCUCCGUGGGGUACAAUAAUGACCGCCAGAGAAAUCGCCGGCGAUGAAUACGACUGAGAAAAUGGCUACAAUGGGGACUCUCGUCGACGCAGGAGACGUUAAACCAGUGGAACAGAAAGUUUAAGCAACUAAUAGUUACAUAAGAUUUGAAGCUGACUUUAUAUUAUUUCCAUUCCAUGAUGUAUUUAUUCAAUGUGUGAUUGUUAGUACAGUGCUAUCAAAAUCUCUAGUUUUCAAUUGUGUUAGUUUGAUGAAUAUUCGUGUUUCUCAAUAGAGGUCCAUAAUCUAGUGUAAAUAUUCAGUACAUUGUAUUUAAACGUAAUAUUAACAUAACAUGUACGGGCUUAUAAUAGUAGUCAUUUUCUAUGUUUUUGCAACAAUAUUUUACAAGCAAAUACGGCACUAUCAAGCAAGUUACAUAGCAUACAUUUUGUACAUAAAAUUAAAUGUCGAAUUUUAAGUCACUAUUUUAUCUUUAGAUAAGAAUAUAGCAUCUAAUGUUUGAAUAUCUUAAAAAUAUGCAAACUAAUUCUUAAAUAAUGUAGAUGAAGCCAUUUCAUAAGUAGCAUAUUUUGUACUGAAGUUGUUUUUGUAUUGUAUGUGUUAUUUGGAUAAUAACUGUCCAUUUUAAUAUCUGUACUGCCAUAAAUGCAGUAUUUCAAAGAUGAUAGCUCUGUGCUAUUUCUUAAAUAUUAUAUAUAUUACAUAAUAGUAAGCUUUCUUGGAUUAUGUUUACAUUUACGUUUCCAAAUGCAGUUAUGAUCAUUCUAAGUUCAACAUGUAGCAAGACAUUUAAUUACGUUAUGUAUGAACCGUAUUUUAUUAUAAUAAACCUAUUAAUUUAAGGACCUAUACCCUUGAAUCUUUGACUAGUAAAUUGUAUCUCUUGUGAACGAAAUAAAAGUUUUUCACUUA